CGCGCGCGGGCGGCCGCGGGCUCUUUCCUCCCUUCUCCCCACCCCACGCGCUCCCCCUCGGCCCCUCCUCCCCACACUCCGCUGCCCUGCGCCCUCCGGAGAGUUGUCCGGCACCUUGGGCGAGGAGUUCGGAGCUGCCCCGCCGCAGAGCCCGCGCGGCCCGCACAGCGCGAGCGACGCAGGGGCCGGAGCCCCUCCGCCGCCAUCUCUGCCUUCUGUGUGGGUUGGACCCCGGCAACUAGGUCUCCUUCCUACUUUGGAAACUGAAAGGACUGCGACAUAAACCAGUCUACUCUCUGAAGUAAGAUGAUUUGUCAAAAAUUCUGUGUGGCUUUGUUACAUUGGGAAUUUAUUUAUUUGAUAACUGCAUUUAACUUGGCAUACCCAAUUACUCCCUGGAGAUUUAAGUUGUCGUGCAUGCCACCAAAUACAACCUAUGACUUUCUCUUGCCUACUGGAAUCUCAAAGAACACUUCAAAUGUGAAUGAACAUUAUGAGGCAGUUGUUGAAGCUAAAUUUAAUUCAAGUAGUACCUACUUUUCUAAUUUAUCUUCCAAAACAACUUUUCACUGUUGCCUUUGGAGCGAGGAAGAUAAAAACUGUUCUGUACAUGCAGAUGACGUGGAAGGGAAGGCAUUUGUUGCAACAGUGAAUUCUUUAGUUUUCCAACAAAUAGGUGCAAACUGGAACAUACAGUGCUGGACGAAAGAGGACUUGGAAUUAUUCAUCUGCUAUAUGGAGUCACUAUUUAAGAAUCCUUUCAAGGCUUAUGACCUUAAGGUCCAUCUUUUAUAUGUUCUGCCUGAAGUGUUAGAAGAGUCACUUCCGGUCCCCCAAAAGGGCAGUUUUCUGACUCUUCAGUGUAACUGCAGUGUUCGUGACAGCUGUGAAUGCCAUGUGCCUGUGCCCACAGCCAAACUCAACCACACUCUUUUUAUGUAUUUCAAAAUCACGUCUGGUAGAGUAAUUUUUCAGUCACCUAUGAUGUCAGUUCAGCCCAUAAAUGUUGUGAAGCCUGAUCCACCAUUAGGUUUACAUAUGGAAAUCACAGACACUGGCAAUUUAAAAAUUUCUUGGUCCAGCCCAACAUUGGUACCAUUUCAACUUCAAUAUCAAGUGAAAUAUUCAGAGAAUUCUUCAACAAAUAUGAGAAAAGCUGAUGAGACUGUCUCAGCUACAUCUCUGCUGGUAGACAGUGUGCUUCCUGGGUCUUCAUAUGAAGUUCAAGUGAGGGGCAGGAGACUGGAUGGCCCAGGACUCUGGAGUGACUGGAGCGCCCCUCUGAUCUUUACCACACAAGAUGUCAUAUACUUUCCACCUAAAAUUCUGACAAGUGUCGGGUCUAACGUUUCUUUUCACUGCAUUUAUAAAAAUGAAAACAAGAUUGUUUCCUCAAAAAAGAUUAUUUGGUGGAUGAAUUUAGCUGAGAAAAUUCCUCAAAGCCAGUAUCAUGUCGUGGGUGACCAUGUUAGCAAAGUUACUUUUCGCAGUUUGAAGGCAACCAAACCUCGAGGGAAGUUUACCUACGAUGCAAUAUACUGCUGCAAUGAGCAUGAAUGCCACCAUCGCUAUGCUGAAUUAUAUGUGAUUGAUGUCAAUAUCAAUAUAUCAUGUGAAACUGAUGGGUACUUAACUCAAAUGACUUGCAGAUGGUCAACCAAUGCAAUCCAAUCACUCGUGGGAAGUACUUUGCAGUUGAGGUAUCAUAGGAGCAGCCUUUACUGCUCUGAUGUUCCAUCUAUUCAUCCCAUAUCUGAAUCUAAAGAUUGCCAUUUGCAGAGAGAUGGUUUUUAUGAAUGCGUAUUUCAGCCAAUCUUUCUAUUGUCCGGCUAUACAAUGUGGAUUAGAAUCAAUCACUCUUUGGGUUCACUUGACUCUCCACCAACGUGUGUUGUUCCUGAUUCUGUGGUGAAACCACUGCCUCCAUCCAGUGUGAAAGUGGAAAUUACUGUAAAAAUUGGAUUAUUGAAAAUAUCUUGGGAAAAGCCAGUCUUUCCAGAGAAUAAUCUUAAAUUCCAGAUUCGCUACGGCUUAAGUGGAAAAGAAGUACAGUGGAAGAUGUAUGAGGUGCGUGAUGCAAAAUCCAAUUCUGCCAGCGUCCUGGUGCCAGAUCUGUGUGCUGUCUAUGCUGUUCAGGUGCGCUGCAAGAGGCUGGAUGGGCUGGGAUAUUGGAGCAAUUGGAGUAGUCCAGCCUACACAGUUGUCACAGAUAUAAAAGUUCCUACCAGAGGACCUGAAGUUUGGAGAAUAAUUAAUGAAGACACCACUAAAAAAGAGAGAAAUGUUACUUUACUUUGGAAGCCUCUGAUGAAAAAUGACUCAUUGUGUAGUGUAAGAAAAUAUGUGGUAAAACAUCAUACUUCCCGCAAUGGAACAUGGUCAGAAGAUGUGGGAAAUCACACUCAAUUCACUUUCCUGUGGACAGAGCAAGCACAUUCUGUUACAGUUCUGGCUGUCAAUUCAAUUGGUGCUUCUUUUGUGAAUUUUAAUUUAACAUUCUCAUGGCCUAUGAGCAAAGUAAAUACCGUGCAGUCACUCAGUGCUUAUCCUUUAAACAGCAGUUGUGUGUUUCUUUCCUGGAAAUUAUCACCCAGUGAUUACUCUCUGAUGUAUUUUAUUACUGAGUGGAAAAUUCUUAAUGAAGACAGUGAAACUAAAUGGCUUAGAAUCCCUUCAUCCGUUAAGAAGUAUUAUAUUCAUGAUCAUUUUAUCCCCAUCGAGAAGUAUCAGUUCAGUCUUUACCCAGUAUUUAUGGAAGGAGUGGGGAAACCGAAGAUAAUUAAUAGUUUUACCCCAGAUGAUAUUGAAAAACGCCAGAAUGAUGCAGGUCUAUAUGUAAUUGUGCCAAUAAUUAUUUCCUCUUCAAUCUUAUUGCUUGGAACAUUAUUAAUAUCACACCAAAGAAUGAAAAAGAUGUUUUGGGAAGAUGUUCCAAACCCCAAGAACUGUUCCUGGGCACAAGGACUUAAUUUUCAGAAGAGAAUGGAUAUUCUUUGAAGCUUAAUCAUGAUCACAACUGAUGAACCCAAUUCUUCCCAACAUUCUGUAGAGUAUUAGAAGAUUUUUACAUUUUGAAGAAGGGGAGACAAAUCUAAAAAAAUAUUUGGUUGAACUAUUGAGAACUAACAUAUAGUGGAUGAUGCUGAUUUAGAACUUAAAUAGAAGGGUAAAUUUGGGGUCAAGAUGUAGGUCUCAGUCCACUGCAUUUUGAAUAUAUGCUUACUUUUCAGGUCACAUGAAGUUUAACAAGUAAUAUUCAUGGUGUCUGGCUUUUGAUUUAUCAUUUGUAUGGUGGUCAUAAAAUGUUAAAAACUAUGACUGUUGCUCUUCCCAUGGGCCUAUUAGAUAUUAUCAGAUAUGUAGUAGACAGUGAUGUAACUAGAUGAAAGCUACAACUUCUGACACAUAACUUUGCAAACACAAUGAAUCUAUUUAUAAAAUACAGUAAAACUAUUUAGCUAAUAUUUUCACAUCCCAAAUUUUCCAUUUUAUAUUCUUCUCUAGACAUCUGAGCUUAUAAACUGACCCACUUGGGUGUUGUUUUGAAUGUCUUAUAGCUUUUAUGUCUAACUUUGGUCAAUCUGGGGAUUUCUAUCGUUGGUAUCCUUGCAAAUGGCUUACGUGCUAACUUCUGUUUCAGUUCAAAGAAAGCCAGAAGUUAGGGCUUGUGCUGGUCACAGGCCAAUGGAAGUUACAGUUUGUAUCAGGAUGACCUGACAUAUCCAGGUCAGACUGACCAGAUGAGAAAACACAUCAUUCUCCAAUUCAGCCUCUUUGGAAAUUCCUUCUUAAAUUUAUUUACACUGAACCACCCAAAGCUUCUGGCAGGCAUAGAAGUACACAGUGAUGCAAAUAGGGAGCUUUUCCAACAAGUUCAUGGCAAGGGUAGGACAUUUCUCCCUGGAAAAAAGACCCUUGCUGUUUCUAUGAUACUAGCAUACUAAGUGUGUUAUGUUGCUCACAUUCAAAAUAAACCAAAGCCUCUGUUUGAUGAACCUAAAUAAUAUUCAGAUUUAGGUAAAGACAGAUCACUAACAUUUAGAUUUCACUCAGAGUUUUAUUUGGUUACCAAAAAAGACACUAAAAAUGAGGAGCAAUGUGUCCUUUUCCCCUUCAUUGACUUUGAAUAGGUAUCAUUAGAAUGUAAAAUCAAAGUGUGAAAUUAUGAAAGAAUAUUUUUUAAUUCCUACCAGCUGAAUACAUACUUAAUAUGUUCCCAGACUGUUCUAAAAUCUUUAAAAAUUAGGUGCAUAUAAUGAUUACGAUUUUGUAAUGAACAUACUUUUAAUAAAUGUUUGUGACCCAUUGAUGAAAUAUACCUCAAUAAUAUAUGGGUAUGUGAUUUCUUAUUAAUUAUCUUCCAUCUGGAUGCAUUUGAAGACAUGUAAAUUAUUUGGUACCAAUAAUUAUUUACCAGUUAUAAGGUUUUAGAGGACAUGAAAUAUGCCAGAGCCAUCAUCUGAAGAACAUAUAUGAGUCUGCGUGCUAUUGGCUAUUUGUGUGUAUUUUUUGUUUUCAUGUUGAUAGCAUGUAAUUCCUUUAUUUGGUGAUCUUAUUUUCUAGGUUCAUUUAAAUUUUAAGAAAUUCAAGACACACAGAGUAGCAAGUUUAAGAAAAAACAAUAUGAGAAAAUAAAUAUUUGAAGCAAAUCAUAAAACUAAUGAUAAAUUUCUGUCAGAAAAAAAGGCAUAGGAACAGUUUUCAUAUAUUACGUUCAUAAAUAACAGAGAAGGUUGUGUUAACAUGAUAUUUGUCAUUAUGUAGGAUUUUAAUAUCUAUAUAAAUGUAUUCCAUUUUUUAUCAUAUUUAGCAUUUGGUAUAUUUAUUCUUUAUGGUUAUAAUCACAAAUAUAUUUCAUUUAAGAAUUUAGAACUGUGCUAAUGAAUUAUGUUUUUAUAUGAAAUAUAUUUGCCAUUAUGAAGAAUAGUUGGGGAUACUGUUAUUUCAGGGAAUAAAUUUGAGUUCAUUCUGGUAGUUUAAAAAUUGUAAAAUUCAGGGGCACCUGGGUGGCUUAGUCGGUUGGGCGUCCGACUUCGGCUCGGGUCAUGAUCUCACAGUUCGUGAGUUCAAGGCCC